AUGCCGCCGCAGUCAUCAGAGACGAAGCCGAUGUAUCAGAAAGACGAAAAGGCCUUAUGUUUCCAUGGAGAACUGCUCUAUGAAGCUAAGGUGCUGGAAGUCCGGCGAGUCGACCCGAAAGACAAGACCUCAGCACACGAAUAUCGAGUCCAUUACAAAGGAUGGAAGAAUACCUGGGACGACUGGGUGCCUCAGGAUCGCCUGCGCAAACUCACAGACGACAAUCGCGAACUCGCAGCCAAUCUGAGACGCGAGGCCACCGCAGCUGUGACCAAAGCACAACCAAAGGCAACAGGCAAAACCCGUCGUGGCCAAGGUUCGGAAUUCGGAUCAGGCCGAGGCAGCGAAGAACGGACGUCGUCUGUUCCUGCCGGUGGGAGAGGCACCAAGCGUGCCAGAGAUAACGACAUCGAGAAGGAAGAUGCCUUUUACAACCGCCCCUCGAUUCGAUUUACUAUCCCCGACCACCUGAAAAACCUCCUAGUCGAUGAUUGGGAAAACGUCACCAAGUCGAUGCUUCUCGUCCCGCUUCCCAGCAAGACCCCAGCCAACUUCAUCUUCGACGAGUAUUUCAAUGAAGAAAAGCGAAAUCGUAUGAUCGGCUCUGCGGAAGCUGACAUCCUGGAGGAGUUCGUCGCUGGAUUGAAGAUUUAUUUUGAAAAGACUGUUGGAAAAUUGUUGUUGUAUCGCUUUGAGCGCCCGCAGCUAGCAGAGAUGCGCAAGCUAUGGGAGUCUGGCAAAUACCCCGAAUGGGAAGGAAAAGGCCCAGGAGACUGCUACGGCGGCGAAUUCGUCGCUAGGAUGCUCACCAACAUGCCGGAGAUUGCUGCUCAAACCAACCUGGAUCAAGAUCAAGUUGCGCGUUUGAAAGCCGAGCUGCUCAAGUUCACGAAUUGGUUGUCACGAAACAGUGAACGUUUCUUCUGCGCAAAGUAUGAGAAGCCAAGUGCCGAGUACGUCGAAAAUGCUCGCUGA